AUGGCUGAUCUCCACUUCCGCAUCGCAACACUAACCGAUGCUCCAUCCAUCCAGCAACUCGUCCAAUCCGCAUUCCGCGCAGAAGACAGCCGAAAAGACUGGACGGCAGACAUGGCACUAGGUAGAGCUAUUACUAUCUCACUCGAGGAUGUGAAAUCAACAAUUGCCAAACCCGACUGCGCCAUUCUCCUAGCCUUCACCAAAGACGAGGGUCGCGAGAUCCUGGUGGCUUCUACCGAUAUGAUCAAGCGCGCCAAUGAUCAUGUCCGGUUUGCAAUGGUUUCUGUGAACCCUGAAUACCAGCAAGCGGGUAUUGGCCGGCGGGUCCUUGCCUACGCGGAAGAAUACUCGCAACGGGAGUGGCGCGUGACCACGUCGGAAUUGAAUGCGCUGUCGACGCGACAGGAGCUUAUUGCUUGGUAUUUGCGUCGUGGAUAUCAGAAGACCGGGGAAGAAACGCCUUUCCCGAGAGAGAGAUUUCCUCAUUUGGCCUUGCCGGAGGAUUUGUGUUUUGUGGAGAUGGUAAAACCGUUGGCGUGA